CCUCGCUCUUACACAACCACAAACCACAACACCCAGCAAACACACCCAACCACAUCCAUCAGAAUGCCUACCUACAUUGUCACCUGCAAGGAGGAUGCCUCCGCCGACCAGGUCGCGGCUGCCAAGAAGCACGCCACCGACCAGGGAGGAAAGAUUGGCCACGAGUACAGCCUGAUCAAGGGUUUCUCCGUCACGUUCCCCGAGGACCAGAUUUCAACCCUCGAGAGCCAUGAGCACGUCAAGCACGUCGAGAAGGACCAGGAGGUCAAGACACAAUAGGAGGCUCUAUACCGGGCGAGGGGAUGGCAAGCUGUACUUGAUCCACUACAUACCUUAGACUCACGAGAUUCUUAAUGAUUUACGCUUUACUUUC